UCGAAGUAAGCAUUAAAAAUGCUCAUUUCAAAAUUCGUGCCAAUUGUAUUUUGAACUUCGAAUUGAACAAAUCAAUAUUCAAAAACUCAAAGAAUAUAAGAAAUGAAGAUCGCUUUGAUAUUUUUGGUGAUCUCAAUCACAUUUAUUGUGAUAAACUUUGUACAGCUAACGGAAGCUAUAGUCGGAUAUUAUGGUGAAGCAAAAGAUGCAAAAAUCGGUGAUAUACCCUACAUCGCAUUGAUAAAAGUGCUUCAUCCGCAUAUGGGAAUAUUUAUGCCAAUUUGCGCCGGUUCGAUCAUUUCAAAAUAUGACAUAUUGACGAAUGCACUUUGUGCUUCAGCUUGUCAAUAUCCACCACAUUGCAAGCUAUACGUUGGACGAGUCAACGUUGAUGAUGGUGGCGUUGAGAUCCAAAUUGAAAGCACUGUUUGGCACGAGAGCUAUGUUGAAAUGGACGCAAUUAAAACGUUCACACAUACAAUACUUGACUUGGGGAUUAUACAUACAAAAGGCAUUCCAUUUUCAGAUAAUGUCACUGACAUUGAAAUGUCGAAUACGCCUGUAGGACCAGUAAAUAAUUUUGUUGGAUAUAUUUUCGGCUGGGGUGCUGAUACUGAUAAAGCGUUCAAAGAAGUACCUAAACACCACCCUAUCUUAAAGUACGGGAAGGUGAGCUAUUUUAGUUGUAAAGCUCCAACAGACAGGUUCAGAGGUAUUUGUACAACUAUAAACGACGACUUUCCGGAAGUCCAACCAGCCAUUUCCGAUAUGGGUGCGCCUAUCAUAGAUAAGAGCAGUGGUAAAGAUAAGCUGGUUGGUGUCGGAAGCUACUAUCACUUCCGAUAUGAAUUUGCGCCUAAUAAAUCGACACAAUUUCAUUCGGAUAGCGAACAAUGGUUGCUAUACAAUAAGUACUUUCCUGUUGGUGAAAACAUUAACUGGAUCAAGGACAACAUGUCUCAGCAUUAGCUGAGUACCACUUUACACUUUUGGUGGGUCUUCCUUUGUUUGGAUUUUGACUUGCAACACUUUUUGAAUGUAAACAAUAUAUAUGUACGCGUGUAUGUGUGUAGGUGAUUACAAUUAUUUGUCAAAUAUAGACAAAAAUAUUUUUGAUUUUUUCCUUCCUAAAUAAUGCUCCUUACACAAA